AUGGGGACUUCAAAUCUGCAACAUGAUCGAUACGUCAAUAUCGUUCACGGCGGGAUCUGGUUCGCCGACACAGACCCAUCCACACAGGUGGAAAAAACCCUUACGAGGGUAUGUACGGAUUUUCACCCUGGGAGCCAUACGAGCCUCCCAGGAAAUUCUAGCAGCAGUUUCCACUCCUAUAUUGGAGAAGAAGAAACACAUAUUCCGGGAUCCACGCAGUGGACAUUGAACCGCGAAGCGGGCUCCGGGGGCGACCCCGUUGAGCCUUUCGCUGGACCCACACACAGAGAUGGAGGGAUGAUAAACCGUCGCUCUAUGAUGCACAAAGGCGACAGCAGCCAAUCCGCGCCCGCCCCAAAACGUCCCCGAAGAAGGUUGCCACGGGACGACCAAAAGGCUGGUGAAGGCAGGGUCGCGAGGACCCUGACGGCUGCACCAACUCGGAGGCCGCAGCGCAAGCCAGCUACACCACGAUGCAUGGCUGGCGCGGCCUCGGAGGGGCGUGUGGUGAUGCUUGACCGUGAGCGUCACUCAAAGAAGGGGACGCAACUCACCUUCCAGGUGAUGUCGGCCGCACAAAGGCCAUAG